AUGAAAAUAGCGAUAGAAGGUUGUGCUCAUGGAGAGUUGGAUAAAAUAUACGAUUGUAUAGAAACUUUACAGCAAAGAGAAGAGAUAAAAAUUGAUUUGUUAAUUUGUUGUGGUGAUUUUCAAGCUGUACGUAAUAAUGGCGACUUACGCGCGAUGGCAGUGCCUGAAAAAUAUCAACAUAUUUGCACCUUCUAUAAGUAUUACAGCGGGGAGAAGAGAGCGCCCAUUUUAACUAUAUUCAUUGGUGGAAACCAUGAAGCAUCCAAUUACUUACAGGAGCUCCCUUAUGGUGGCUGGGUUGCACCUAAUAUCUUCUACAUGGGCAGAGCUGGGGUUGUAAAAUUUGGAAACCUUAGAAUAGGAGGUAUUUCUGGAAUAUUUAAAGGGCAUGAUUAUUUGCAAGGAUUAUGGGAAUGCCCUCCAUAUAAUCAAAGUUCUUUACGGUCUGUCUAUCAUGUAAGAUCAUUAGAUGUAUUCCGAUUAAGUCAAUUGAAGGAUAAAGUUCAUGUCAUGCUUUCACACGACUGGCCUCGUGGCAUCACAGACUACGGAGACACUGAGCAACUCUUGAGACGAAAACCAUUUUUCAGACAAGAAAUUGAAGCAAAACAGCUGGGGAGCAUUCCUGCCGAGAGAUUACUGCAAUCUUUAAAGCCAGAUUACUGGUUUGCAGCACAUAUGCAUUGUCAAUAUGUUGCUCUAGUAAAACAUGAAGAAAAUGAAGAAACCAAAUUUUUGGCAUUAGACAAAUGUCUACCCAAGCGAAGACAUCUUCAGAUAUUAGAUUUACCUCAAGAAUAUGAUGGUGAUGAACUAUUAAAGUAUGAUGAGGAAUGGCUGGCAAUUUUGAAGAAUACCAACCACCUUUUAAGUGUCAAAAAUGUUGAGUGUCACAUGCCUGGCCCUGGUGGUAAUGAAAGAUACAUUUUUACACCAAAUGCAUCAGAAAAAGAGGCAAUUACUAAAUUGUUACCAUCUAUGGUUAUCACAGAAGACAUGUUUGUCAAAACUGCUCCUAUAUACAAUCCAAAAGCACCCAAAACAGCACCAUCAAACCCAGUUUUAAACCCUCAAACUGUAAAUUUGUGUGAGAGGCUUGGCAUUGAUGAUCCUGUACAAGUUAUCAUGGCUAGAUCUGGCCGUGUCAUGACAAAACCUUGUGCAGAUGCAGAUCCUGGAUCAUCUCUCAAUGAAAGUAAAAUGAAUGAAAAUGAUCUAAGUCCAGCACCAAACACCCCUAUGAAAUGCUCAAAACUAACUCUGCCUGCACCAAUUACACCAAGGGAGAAUGAAAGUGAAGAGACUACACAAAAUGUAACUAUUUCACCUACAACAUCCUUUAUAUCAGAUAGCACAAAUGAUACAAGUGGUUUUGAGACACCUGUCUCGGAGGCUAAGAAAACAUUUAAGAGACGUAACAUGUCAAUAUACAAUAGUCCAGAAGAAGAUGACAGUGUGAGUACUACAUCCAGCUCUCUAACAGAGUCGGACAGUCCUAGAUCUAGCAAAGUACCUUAUAGAGGAACAGCUUACUAG